GCAGUAAGUGAUGUUCUCAAGUAAACUCUGGAGUAUGAGAUGCUUUAUGCCAAGAAGCAGAGCCUGUAGCUUCCCGGGAAUGCAUGGAUGGUGUUCAUCCUCAGCCUAACUGCUCCCACACCACUGGUUCCCAGCUGGCGAGGAGGAAGAGAUGCUUCAGAUGAUGAAGCAAUUGAGAAACCAAGUGAUGAGACAGCAACACAUCAAGAUGCAGAUUCCAAACCUGCUGUGACAAAGAAAAGGAAGCAGCCUACGGAGUGUUUUCUAAGUCAGCCUGAAGAAGCACCAGAGAGUACUCUAAAAGCAAAGAAGCGGAAGAAGAAGAAAAUUUCUGAUAUUCUGGAAAAAUCUCCUCCAAAACCUGGUGUCCCUGAGGAUCUACAGAAUCUGCUUAGUCAACAUUUUGGUACGAAACGUUCAGUGAUUGAAAUAGAGGAAUUAAAACUCUCAGAUUCUUGCUUUUUGCCAUCCAAUGAUCUCACCCACAGUUUUUCUUCAUACCUGAAGGAAAUCUGUCCGAAGUGGGCAAAAUUCCGUAAAAACCAUGAGGAGAAGAAGUCGGUGGUGAUGCUGGUUAUCUGCAGUUCUGCCCUUCGUUCCUUGGAACUCAUGAAGUCAAUGACAGCAUUUAAAGGUGACUGUAGAGUUCUGAAAUUGUUUGCAAAGCACAUAAAGAUAAAAGAACAGAUGAAUAUGUUGGAGAAAGGUGUGUUCCACAUUGGAGUUGGAACUCCUGGGAGAAUAAAAGCACUGGUGGAGCAAGAUGGCCUAUGUUUGAACUCCACAAAAUAUAUUAUUCUGGAUUGGAACUGGAGAGAUCAGAAACUAAGGAGAAUGAUGGAUAUCCCUGAGAUAAAGAAAGAAACAAUUGACCUACUGGAGAUGAGUAUUAUAAAGCUGUGCAGAGAGGGAUCUGUGAAGCUGGGACUCUUUUAAUAGUUUUACCCACAAGGAAGUAUUUUACGGGUGGAUUUUGCUUCUAUCCUGUCUGCGAGUGGUCAACGAUGAGUAAAUUAAGAAUUUUGAUUUUUCAGAGAUCAAUUGAUACAGAAAGAAUGUGCUGUGUAACUUUGUUCUGUGGUUCCUUUUAAUAAUAAAAACAGAAGUUUUAUUUGUUUUUUUUU